AUGCAUCUCGUCCUCUCUCGUAUCGAGCCGAGAGACCUCGACGCUAUUGUCCCGAUGAUGUUUGACUCCUUCAGCAAAGUCGACCUGGCCAACGUCUUCUUCGGUCGCAAGUCCCCAGCAUCCUACGCCUACUCCAAGAAAGUGUUGCUGACAGGAUUACACACCGAUCCGGCCGACGUGUUUCUCAAGAUUGAGGAUCUCGAUGCCGAAGUGGAUGUCAACAUCCUGGACAACAAGGGGAACCCGAUCGGCACCGAGCGAAGGAAAAGGAUCGUUUGUGCCAGUAACUGGAAGAUCUUCCCUACCUACGUGGCCCCCCAGGAACAGCAGGAGGCGAGCAAGUCAUCCGCUCAAACCAACGGGAGCGCCGACUCGACUGCCAAAGACGCGACCGACGAACCGGCAUUCGCCUAUCUAGAGACAGAACAAGAACGGAUCGAUGCAGCAAUGCUGAUGGAAGACUUUCUCACUCGGCGACGUCGUGCAUGUCAAGAAGGACACGUCUUGUGUUUCUUAUUGUUCACGGACCCGGCUUAUCAGGGGAAAGGCUGUGGUCGAAUGAUGAUGCAGUGGGGGAAUGAUGUGGCCGAUGCCAUGAUGCUGCCUUGCUGGAUCGAGGCUAGCCCCCAGGGAGAAUUGCUUUAUGUGCAGAUGGGUUACGUCGGACAGGAGAGAGUCAAGAUUCACACCCAAAGUUUUCUCAGUGAGUAUUUGCAUAUGAGACGACCUGUGAUGGUGACGAGGGUGAGGCUAGAGGGGAGAACCCUGGUGAGAGAGCCGCCAGCGCACACGUGA